CGGAGCCGCUUUGUCCCGGUGACGGCGGCGGAGGUUGCGGGGAGGAGCGGGGAGGAGGCAGAGACCCACUGGCCGACGGCCCCGGAGACCGGAGGCGGGGCGCGACGCGCACGGCCCCACGCCCAGGCCCACGGGCACCGCGCCCGCCCCCACGCGCCGGCGCUCUCACCGGCCGGCAGGUGAGCAGCCGCGCCGCGCCCGCAGUCGCCGGCCCCGCGGACCGCCCGAGCCGCCGCCUCCGUCUCCGCCUUUGCCAGCGCAUCGCGACGCCCAGCAGGAAUGAGGGGAGAGUCAUACUUCAUCGGAAUGAGGAGUCCGGGACAGCAGGGGUACAUCCCAGAAGAUGGAGGACUUUUCUUACUCUGCUGCAUAGAUAGAGACUGGGCUGUCACCAGGUGCUUUGCAGAAGAAGCCUUCCAAGCAAUCACCGACUUCAAUGACCUUCCCAACUCAUUGUUUGCAUGCAAUGUUCACCAGUCAGUGUUUGAAGGAGAAGAAAGCAAGGAAAAAUUUGAGGGACUCUUCCGCACUUAUGAUGACUGUGUGACGUUCCAGCUAUUUAAGAGUUUCAGACGUGUCCGAAUAAACUUCAGCAAUCCUAAAUCUGCAGCCCGAGCCAGGAUAGAGCUUCAUGAAACCCAGUUCAGAGGGAAAAAAUUAAAACUGUAUUUUGCACAGGUGCAGACUCCAGAGACAGAUGGAGACAAACUGCAUUUGGCUCCGCCACAGCCUGCCAAGCAGUUUCUCAUCUCACCCCCGUCCUCUCCGCCCGUUGGCUGGCAGCCCAUCAGCGAUGCCACGCCGGUCCUCAACUAUGACCUCCUCUAUGCCGUGGCCAAACUAGGACCGGGAGAGAAAUAUGAACUCCAUGCAGGGACUGAGUCCACCCCCAGUGUCGUCGUGCAUGUGUGUGACAGUGACAUAGAGGAAGAAGAAGACCCAAAGAAUUCCCCAAAGCCAAAAAUCAUCCAAACCCGGCGUCCUGGCCUGCCACCCUCUGUGUCCAACUGAGUUCCUGCUCUGCCUCCACGAUAAUAGCCAUCUCUUCUUUAUCAUGCUUUUAUUCCCCGUGUUUGUCAAAAAAAAAAAAAAAUUGCCUUUAAAUCCCUGGAUGUUUGGUUGUUUGAGAUUCCUUCCUUGUAAUCAAGCCUCUCGGACAAAAGGGCUAGGAAAAGGUGAUAUGUCUCCUGAUCAUAUCAUACUCAUUAAGUAUAAUCCAUUAUUUAGAAGGUUCUAGGAAAAAGUAGUAUUUUCUUAUUAAACAAUCAGCACAGCCUGUAUCUUUGUUCUCUCAUGUUGAUCCAAGCCAGAGACAUCAGUAACAAAUAGCACCUGCGUUGUUUGUGAGCUGUUUCGAUCCCAGUCCUAGGUGUGUGUUGUUUUUUCCUGGCCACUUAAAUAGGACCAUAUGUAAACUUGACUUUGACUGCAUGAGAUAUCCCCGUCUGGUCUCACUCAGUCCUUGCAUCCCGACAUUCCCAGGACAUGCAUGAUCACCAGCAUUUAUUUUCAUGAUUUGAGGAUAUACUGUAACUCACAGAUUGUCAGUGUCCAGCCAUGUCCUCUCUAGAUUAGGAAAACCGUCAGCACCAUCCAGCUCAACAAGUCUGGGUAUAUUCACCAUUUUGAGUCAAUAACUUCAUAGCUCUGUUAAAAUUUCUGGAGGCAAAACUGAGCUUGGCCCCAAAGAUACUCCUGAAUAGAUUUUGAAUACCACUUCCAUGUAGAAAUUUCCCAGCCUCAUUGGGGAGGCUUGUCCAGGGUGACAGAGACCGAUUUCAGACAAACCUGUUUAUUACAAAGUUUCAUGGUGUCUGAAUGAUUGUUUUUUUCUCUUUGUAUAUUUGUACAAAUGUUUCAGCUAUGCUUUUAAAAUCUGGAUGUUUUUUAUUUAGUGAUCGUUCGACCAGUAGCUGCUUAAAAACAUAAUGUGUGCAUUGCUUAUGAAUGCAUUCAUAUACUAAUACAGAUAAUCUGAUAAUAUUAAGCUCUAUUAUAGAUAAUGCUAAAUUCUGAAAGGGCACCAAACGUCUCAUGCCAAUACAUGAAUGAUUAGCCAACAUCUUUGCUAUCAAAACCAUUUGUUUUUAAAGAAAGACGCAAGUGUCAGUUGUAGACGAUUGGGAUGAAGCAAAAUCUCCAGAAUGUAGCAGCAGCUGAGCAUAUUAAAAUGGGAAAGGAUGGUAGGUAAAUGUAUGACAAUCCUUCUCAUGCAGUGCCCAUAUGCUCAAAAGAGUUAUUUGUUUUCAUUACAUGUGAUUUUUCUAUUUCUCCAGCCCAAAGUGCAUUAAAGAUACACCUAUAGAACCAUUACCUUCUGCUCUAUGUGCCAGGCCUCAUCUACUCCUGUACAUUAAUGAAUUACUUUAGAUGCAAAUUCUAAUUACCAAGGAGUGGGGAAGUACUUUCAGGAAAAAAAAUACAUGAGAACAAUGACACAGCCAACUGAUGGAAGGAUCGUUGUGGUUUUUGACUAAAGGUGUAUGUUAGUUUCAUCAGAAACUGAAAACACAGACUGAUCACUCAGAAAUUAAAGUCCGUUCUACUGUGAAUAUAGCAAUAUAGUACUGGACACAGUACGGGUGAAACUGAGGAGAGCAUUGCUUGUAAAAUCUUGAGUUUCCAUAAGAAAGAUGGAGACUGCUUUCAAAAAUAAAAUCAGAGGAGUGUAUAAUAAGCAAAUGCUUUGAUUUUCCUUUGCUGUGGAGGUUUCAGGGUUUCCAUUGCCAAGUGACACUACAGACCUAAUAGUUGAAAAAUGAUGCCCUCUAGUGGAAGAAAUAUUGUGCUCAGCUGUUCAGAUGAACACAGCACUGCCUGGUCAGCCAUGUGGGGCUGAAUCUCUGCUCAGCCAUCUGCAGGUCAUUGGACUUUUUCACCUACCUUGAAUUUUUAGAAUGCAGAUUCAGAAGAAAUAUAAAUAAGACAAAAUGUUUGGAAAUUAUUUUUAAAUGAAUUAAACGCACCAUUUAGUUAAAGUUGAUAUGACCGUUCUGUGUAGUCAUAAAAGAAAAACAAUAAAAUGUAGGACCUAUGUGGUUGUCCUAGUAAAAGUUAUUGUCUCGCAUCAGUGGCAGUCUGUCCCAGGUCAAGUAAUUCUUUCACCAUGUUCUAGGGUUUGGAGAGGGGAGGAAGAUGAGCUUUUCCCAGGAAAGCAGUAAAAAAAAAAAAAAAAAAAAAAAAUGGAAAGAAUCCUGUAAGCAUUUUGGCAAAACCUCCUAGCACUGUGAAAGUCAGGACUGCCUCAGCAUUCCCAUGACGCACAUUAUGCAAACCUCUUUAGCACUAUUUUAAGUUUGAAAAGUUUAAAAAUGGAGGGGAAGGGGAAGAUUUCCACCAACUGAAUCAUUUGUGCACGUGUAUAGCUCAAAGAGCUUUGACUUCAAAUAUAUCUGGUGAAUGACUCU